AUGGAAGCUAGCUAUCCCGCUUCACGGGUUGACAGGCCGGAUCACCUUUUUUAUUCGUGUGUGACUGCGUUGGACUGCUGGGGUCGAGUUUCUGUUCCUGUCUUCGUGGAGGACAGCAGCUUCUUGGAUUGGGUUGAGCAGUGGUUCCAAAAUUUAAAUGGCGAAGAAGUGUCUCUUGUAGCUAUGAUUUGCUGGCAACUAUGGGUGAACAGGAAUGACCUUGCUGCAUGGAAAGUUGCCCACGUGAAGAAUGCCCAGCUCAAGAUGACAAGGACUGUGCAUGGGGAUGGGCAGGAUAAAUGGUCUCCGCCGGUUAAAGGAUGGUUGAAAGCUAACAUUGAUGCUGCGGUUUUUUCUGGUAAUGGUGGUGUAGGUGUGGGGAUUGUAGUCCGAGAUUGGAAAGGUUCCUUGGUGCAGGUGAGACAGGUGUAA